UCACCUCCCAGCCAAUCAGAGCGCGCUUCCGUCUCCCUAGUUGGCGGGGAUUGGGUGGUGCGCCGGAAGUGCGUCAUCGCCGCCGGGCCGGGCGAGGAGCGGGAAGAGCGGAGAGGGAGGAUGAGCAAGGGCCGCGAUGGCGCCGGGGCGGGCGGAGGAGCCGCCGCGGUGCUGCUGCGGUACCUGCGGGAGCAGAACCGGCCCUACAGUGCCCAGGACGCCUUCAGCAACCUGCAGCGGGAGCACGGGCUCGGCAAGGCGGCCGUGGUGAAGGCGCUGGAGCAGCUGGCGCAGCAGGGCCGCGUCCGGGAGAAGGUCUACGGGAAGCAGAAGAUUUACUUCGCCGACCAGGAGCAGCUCCCGGCCGCCAGCGAUGCUGAGCUCCGCGGCCUGGACGCGCAGAUCGCGGCCCUCUCCGGGCAGGUGCAGGCGCUGCAGCAGAGCUGCCGGCAGAUGGAGGCGGAGCUGAAGGACCUGAGCAGCUCCAUGACAACGUCUGAGGUGGCCAAAGAGAUCAAGGAGCUGAAGAAGGACUGUGAGAGUUACACAGAGAAACUGGAGAGGAUGAAGUCGGCCACGAACCACGUCACCCCAGAAGAAAAGGAGAAGGUCUGCAGUGAGCAGAAGCUGUACUGCAGGGAGUGGCGGCGCAGGAAGCGAAUGGCGACCGAGCUGCUGGACGCCAUCCUGGAGGGGUACCCCAAAAGCAAGAAGCAGUUCUUUGAGGAGGUCGGGAUAGAGACGGACGAGGAGCACAACGUUGUGCUGCCAGCGGCCGUGUGAGGCACUGAGGAGCCUCUGCUCCAGGAGGAGGAGCCGAUGCUGGGACUCAGCUCCUGGGUUGGUUUUUGUCUUCUUUUUGCAGGGCUUGGGCUCAUCCUGCACCUUUACAGAUGUUGUGGUUUGAAUGCUUCACAGCAGGGCCCUGGUGGGCCGGGGGGGGCUCGGGAGGGGGAUGGAGCUGGUGGCUGCAGAGCUCCAUGUGUAUUUCAGUCAGGACACACGAGCACAGGUUCCAUUAAACACCAGCAUUUGGGUUCA